UAUACUACAACAAAAUGGUAGCUGCAUCCAAAUUAAGCCAAGUAUUUACAUACGAUUCUUGGGUACAUGCCAUGUCUGGGGCUGCUGGCGGUUGUAUAGCCAUGUCAACAUUUUAUCCCUUGGAUACGGUGCGUUCCAGAUUACAACUUGAAGAUCCCGAAAAGAAUGGCGAAGCUCGCAGUACAAUGCAAGUCAUCAAAGAAAUUGUAUUGGGCGAGGGUUUUCAAUCACUGUACCGUGGUCUGGGACCAGUGCUACAAAGUUUGUGCAUUUCCAAUUUUGUUUAUUUCUAUGCAUUUCAUUGCCUGAAGGCGAUUAGCAGUGGUGGCGAUAAAAAACAACAAAAUGCCUUAAAAGAUUUGAUGUUGGGCGCUGUGGCUGGUUUCAUAAACGUCUUUACAACAACGCCAUUUUGGGUUGUUAACACCAGGUUGCGUAUGCGUGAUGUUGCCGGCACUUCUGAAGAAGUUAAUAAAUAUUAUAAAUCCCUGAUAUCCGGCCUUCGUUAUGUUGCCAAGACGGAGGGUGUUAAGGGUCUAUGGUCGGGUACAAUACCAUCAUUAAUUCUAGUUUCUAAUCCAUCAUUGCAAUUUAUGAUGUAUGAAUUGUUGAAACGUAACUAUAUUAAAUAUAAAGGCACUACCGAAGUAUCAAGUUUGGGAUAUUUUGCUAUUGGAGCGAUAGCAAAGGCAUUCGCUACGGUCCUGACAUAUCCCCUGCAAUUGGUUCAAACAAAACAACGACAUCGCAGUCGGGAACAAAAUAGUGCCAGCACAUCGAAACAUGCGGCGGCUGCACAACAAGAUGUCGGUGUUAUUAAAAUGAUGAUGGAUAUAUGGCAACAACAAGGUUUUAAGGGACUCUUCCGUGGCAUGGAGGCAAAAAUACUGCAAACAGUGCUAACGGCAGCUCUUAUGUUUAUGGCCUAUGAAAAGAUAAAUAAUACAGUAUAUCUCUUAUUGAAAAAGACUCCAAAGAAAUAAUUCAAACA